AUUUGCUUGGGCUACUUUUGCGUGAUUCAUAGGGAAAAAAGGAAUUCUCGAGCGUCGCAAUCUGCAAUUAUUAUAAAUUCAAAAAAUGUUCAACAACAUAUUCGGCAAGAAACCCACAGUCAAGGAGCAGCAGCGCGAAAAUGACAGAUCACUGAAAAAGGCCACACGCGACAUUGAGCGCGAGCGACGCAAAAUGGAGGAGGAGGAGAAGAAACUGGAGGCUGACAUCAGACGCAAUGCAGCCGCUGGGAACAACGACGCCUGUCGCAUACUGGCCAAGCAGCUGGUGGAGAUACGGAAGCAGAAGUCGCGCAGCUAUGCGGCGGCCGGCAAGAUCCAGUCCAUUGGCUUCCAGAACAAGAACAUGGGCGCCAACAUAGCGCUGAGCGAGGCAAUGGGAACGACUGCCAAGACCAUGGCGGACAUGAACAAGGUGAUGCGACCCGAGGCGAUCGCUGGCACAGUGCGCGACUUCCAGGCAGCGAACAUGAAGAUGGAAAUGACGGAUGAGAUGAUCAACGACACACUGGACGACAUGCUGAACGAAUCCGGUGACGAGGAGGAGUCGAAUGCCGUGGUGAACAAGGUUCUCGAUGAGAUUGGCAUUGAGAUAUCCGGCAAGAUGUCCAAUAUUCCAGCCACUGGCAGCGCGGACUUCGAGACGAGCGGCAAGCGCACCGAGAAGGACAUUGCCGACCAGCUAGCCAAGCUGCGCUCCUCCUAGACAGCACCACCAACUGCACCCAUAUUUGUAUUCAAGCCUGUUAUCCAUAGUCUCUAAGGAAAUAUAUUUAUGUACACCGCUUA